CAAUUUUUCUGUUUACAGUUUUUGCCCGUUGCUUGAACACUAUAGACCCAUGCUUAGACUAAAGUAACACAGCUUGAAGCUUUUGUUACCAUACCUCAAACACAUGUACCCAUACCUUACACAAAAGCGCUGCUUUGCACUCUAGUUGCAAUUAUGCAACACACUUACUCCUUUAUGCAACACACAUGGUCCUGCAUACUACACUCUAUUUCAUACAUAAGACACUUCGUUCAAAAAUGAAAUCUCAGGGUGCCAUUUGGAAAACACAUGCAUCCAAAAUACAAAACACAUCAGGUAAUUGCAACCACUCAAAUACACACCUGAAGGCACUUACUUGCAAAACUGAACACUAAUUAGCCAACUACAAAAAGCCCUCAGUUCAGCCAUUUCAAGAACUUUGCAAGCAUGGAUGGAGGGAGAGCAAGAGGAAGAGGAAGAGGAGGUCGAAGAGGCCAUGCACGGACCCAUAUUUUUGAUGAUAUAAGAGCAACUUUGGUGGACCAUGUCAUCAACCAUGGCCUGACUAUGAGGGAAGCUGGGCAGAGAGUCCACCCACAUCUAAGCCGCUUCACAGUGGCAUCUGUAAUAAGAACAUUCCGACUAGAAAACAGAAUGACUCGAAGACCUUCUGGGGGAGGACGCCAACGCCUGUUCACACAACAGCAGGAACUUGACGUUGUGGACCUAGUGAGGGCAGACAAUACCAUCCGUCUCCACCAGCUACGAAAGAAAAUACUUGCAGACAGGCAAGUGUUCAACAACAUAAACCAUGUGAGCAUCACCACCAUCAGACGCAUCUUGGGAAAACACAGCAUCACCAUGAAGCAGCUCUACAGAGUCCCAUUUGAGAGGAACAGUGACAGGGUCAAAGGACUUCGAGCUGAAUAUGUACGGAGAAUGUUGGCCAUUGCUGGAGCUGCACAGCCUCAUGAAUUCAUUUUCCUUGAUGAAGCUGGAUUCGACCUGAGCAAAACAAGACGACGGGGUCGUAAUAUAAUUGGCCAAAGGGCAAUUGUGCACGUCCCAGGGCAGCGCGGGGGAAAUAUCACAUUGUGUGCCGCCAUAAGCCUUCGAGGGCUUCUGCAUCAUCAUGCAAAACUAGGUCCAUACAAUAGCCAACAUAUACUCACAUUUCUAGAUGCUCUCCAUAAUAUAGUUGUACAGAACAGACCAGAUCAGCCCAGGUUUGUGGUGAUAUGGGAUAAUGUCAGUUUCCAUCGGGCUGCUCUGGUCCAGGCCUGGUUCUCCAACCACAAUCAAUUUGAAGUGGUAUACUUGCCCCCUUACUCACCAUUUUUAAACCCUAUAGAGGAAUUCUUUUCGGCUUGGAGAUGGCUUGUAUAUGACCGCCAACCACAUGCCCGCAUGCCUCUUCUGCAGGCAAUGGAACAGACAUUCAGGUGACAGCAAUCCAUGGAUGGUUUCGACAUGCAAGAGGAUAUUUUCCCCGGUGCCUAGCGGGAGAAGACAUUGCUUGCGAUGUCGAUGAGGUCCUGUGGCCAGACCCCAACAGACGGCGGGAUCCAUGAGCCCACGUAUGCACAAUUGUCAUGAUCUUUUGUGUUUACACUAUAGUGUUUUUUCUAUUACUGUAUUAUGUUUUUUUUUUUAGCUUUAUCUGAAUUCAUGGUACUGCAAUGUACAGUGCUGCAAUGUGCAAUAUUGAGUAGGCCUAUUUGCUUUUUUGGUUGUUUGAAAAUGUGUCUCCUGAAAAUAUGCCUUCUGAAUAAACAAUGAAAAUCAAAGACUGCAGUGUUUUAUAUAAAGUAGAC